AAAAUUUCUCAGCGAAUAAGUGUCGGCUGCUUCUUUAUUUCUUGGGUUCUGCGUUUGCGAAUUCACUUCUAUAAAAACCUUUUCCUUCUUACAAACAAAAAAGCUACUGGCAUUAAGGACUUGGAUCAUGUAUAUAUUUUCUUGGAUUCUUUUCUCCUUUUUACAUUUAUAAUAUAUAGCUUUUAGUUUAUACACCAACAUUUGGUGUUGGAGCUUAUUUUAGCUCCAUAAAUAAGAACACUGAACUGGGUUCAGCGUAAAAUUUCGUUCCAAGUAAUCCCAUUUUAGAGAUUUUCUCAAUCUCUUCAUUGCCAUUUUCAGAAUGGUAAAUGGGAGUGUGAAAGUGCAACAAUGGAUAUAUUCAUUACUUACUAUGUCGAUGAUUUUUAGAACUGAAGGGCUGUUUGUUAAUAUUACUUACCUUCUGAGUGGGGUGGCAAAAGGAGCAGUAUGUUUGGAUGGGAGUCCACCUGCGUAUCAUCAUGACAAAGGAUUUGGUACAGGGGUUAAUAGUUGGUUAAUCCAGAUGGAGGGAGGAGGUUGGUGCAAUAAUGUCACCACUUGCCUUUCUCGUAAGAAUACUCGCUUGGGAUCGUCCAAACAGAUGGUAAAACAACUUGCGUUCUCGGGAAUUCUAAGCAACAAGCCUCAGUUUAAUCCAGACUUCUAUAACUGGAACAGAGUGAAGGUUAGGUAUUGCGAUGGAUCAUCCUUCACCGGUGAUGUUCAAGCAGUCAAUCCGAUUAAUAAACUUCACUUCAGAGGGGCAAGAGUUUUUCUUGCUGUUAUGGAGGAUUUGUUGGCAAAGGGAAUGAAGAACGCUGAAAAUGCUAUUCUGUCUGGAUGUUCAGCUGGCGGAUUGACUUCAAUUUUACAUUGUGACAGCUUCAAGGCGCUCCUACCAAUGGGUGCUAAAGUAAAGUGUUUUUCAGAUGCUGGUUAUUUUAUCAAUGUGAAAGAUAUUUCUGGUGCGCCUCAUAUUGAAGAGUUCUUUGGAGAUGUUGUCCGAUUACAUGGUUCUGCCAAGAAUCUGCCGCCAUCAUGUACGUCAAGAUUGAAACCAAAUUUGUGUUUUUUCCCGCAAAAUGUUGUUCAACACGUGCGGACACCACUUUUUCUAGUUAAUGCAGCCUAUGAUUCCUGGCAGAUAAAGAACAUUUUGGCUCCUGGUAUUGCUGAUCCCCAUGGGGUCUGGCGCAACUGCAAACUUGACAUACUGAGAUGCUCUUCCAAGCAGCUUCAAACUAUGCAAGGUUUUAGAUUGAGGUUUCUGAGAGCAUUAUAUGCACUUGGCCCUUCUUCAUCAAGAGGGUAUUUUAUCAACUCUUGCUAUGCACACUGUCAAACUGAAGUUCAAGAAACAUGGUUCAGGCCUGACUCUCCUAAGUUGGCUAACAAGACAAUUGCCAAAGCACUCGGAGACUGGUUCUUCGACAAAAAUCCAUUCCAGAAGAUUGAUUGCCCUUACCCUUGUGAUAAAACUUGUCACAACCGUGUUUUUGAUCCAAAUGUCUAUCCUUUUGAUAUUGAUAUGUAAAUCAUUGAUAGAAGUAAUUCUUUGAGAUCACUGAUGUGGAAAAUCAGAAACUCCCAAAGGGAAAUAUAGAAAAUAUAGAAGGAAAGAAGUUUGUAUUGAUUUAUUAAAUAUUUCACAAUAAGGGAAGGGUACCUUAGCAUAAAAUUGUAUGUUGCGGUGCGCUACACAGAAACUAUGUAUUCUUAUGCAAUUAGUAUGAUAGUCUCAAUAAAAGUGAUUUUAUACUUA